AUGGUUGUAGGAUCUGUCCUCGUCACAGGCGGCACGGGCUACAUUGGCUCCUUCACCGCACUCGCCCUCCUCGAAGCAGACUACAAGGUCGUAAUCGUCGACAACCUCUACAACUCCUCCGACGAAGUCCUCAACCGCAUCGAGCUCAUCUCCGGCAAGCGCCCCGAAUACUACCAAUGCGACAUUACCGACGAGAAGAAGCUUGACGAAGUCUUCGCGAAGCACCCAGAUAUCGACAAUGUCGUCCACUUCGCAGCUCUCAAGGCGGUGGGUGAAUCUGCCGAGAUUCCACUUGACUACUACAAUGUCAACGUCUACGGAACGCUCUGCUUGCUGAGGAGCAUGCAAAAGCACAAUGUCACAAACAUCGUCUUCUCCAGCUCUGCAACAGUCUACGGCGACGCGACCCGCUUCGAGAACAUGAUCCCAAUCCCAGAAGAGUGCCCUCUCGGCCCAACCAACCCAUACGGCAACACCAAAUUCACCGUCGAGACAAUGAUCACAGACUACAUCAACGCGGAAAGAGUCAAGGCACAAAAGGCAGGCAAGAAGGGCGAAGAAUUCAACGCAGCUCUCCUCCGAUACUUCAACCCAGCCGGCAGCCAUCCCAGCGGCGUCAUGGGUGAAGACCCACAAGGCGUACCCUACAACCUCCUCCCACUCCUCGCCCAGGUCGCGGUCGGCAAGCGCGAGAAACUCCUCGUCUUCGGCGACGACUACGCCUCCAAAGACGGCACCGCGAUCCGCGACUACAUCCACAUCCUCGACCUCGCCGAGGGCCACUUGAUUGCUCUCAACCAUCUGCGGGCCCAGCACCCUGGUGUGCGCGCCUGGAACUUGGGAACGGGUAAGGGCAGCACGGUGUACGACAUGAUCAAGGCUUUCAGCCAUGCUGUGGGACGCGAUCUGCCGUAUGAGGUCGCCCCGAGACGAGCGGGCGAUGUGUUGGACUUGACGGCGAAUGCUACGAGAGCGAAUAAGGAACUGGGAUGGAAGACGAAGAGGACGCUGGAGGAUGCGUGUGAGGACCUGUGGAGGUGGACGGAGAACAACCCGCAGGGGUACAGGCAGCAGCCGCCGCAGAAGUUCUUGGAUGCGUUGAAGAAGAACAAUUAG